AGCUGACAGAGGUUUUGGCGAAACCCGUCUUUCAUAUCAAACAGAGCCGUCGAAAGGAGGUCCCAAUCGACGACAAUAUGAAUGAGAAUAUAAACGAAAUCAGUGGCCAAAUCGAUAAGCGGUUAGUAAUGGCGGCCAAAGGUAUCGCUCGGACACUGAGUGGUGAAGAGGCGAAGAAGACUGAAAACGAUUUGUUAAAACUCUUGAAACUGCAGAUCAUUGAAACCAAUUACGCCAAAAGCGGACAAAUUAUGCCUAAAGACAAAUUGGCAUCACUUUUGGGUGAUAUGAAAGUUCUUAAGGAGGAGCCGAGGGAGCAGUUCUUCACUCCAAUCGUACCAAUGAGUGAACAAAGAUCUUAUCAAACGAGAGGUGAAUUUGAGUCGAGAGACAGCGGACAAGAGUUUCGACAAAAACGGAGACCAUUUGAUAGGAGAGAAAGUUUUGGAGACUUUGAUGGACAGUCCGUUAGUCAGUCAAUGCUAGAGCGUCGACCACCUCGUCAGCAAAGUAUGUUCGCCGGCAGAGAACAACACAAUCUGUUUGCCGGCGAGAGUAUCGGUAUAUUCGAGGCCGACAUGAAGGAAGCGACCGAUGCGCCCAAACUGCAGAUAUGGGACGCUGAAUACUUGCUACUCGAGGUCCUCAGCUAG